UCUCUCUCUCUCCAUCCACCUCACACUCUCUCUCUCUUUUUUCUCUACUCUCCUUUCUCAAAAAAGCCAUGACGGCGAUCCCGCGAUCCAUCCUCGCCUCCGCGCUUUCUUUCUAUAAUUUCUAAUUUAUUUUAUCAAUAUAUAUCUCUAUUUUUUUUUACUCCGUCUCCUCCACUUCCUCUGGUAGAUGUCCAAGGCGUUGGAUGAAGAUCUUUUCUCUCUUUUUUCCCCCCUCCUCCUCUCCUGUCACCCCGGCAUCUCCCCGAUGUGAUCCGCGCUGAACGCAGCCGCUGAACAGCCACCAUGUCUCGCCGCAAGCAAGGCAAACCGCAGCACCUCAGCAAACGGGAUUUCUCGCCAGCUGAGCCCCUCUCCACGGCCGUCGUCUCGUCGGAGGAGCUGUCGGAGCGCUGCUCGGAGCACUCGGAGGACAGCGGCAUUCUUAAUGGGCACCACCCGGCCCCCUUGGUGGGUCGGCUGGCCCGGCUUGGUCCAGACUCUCAUUCCUCUCCAGAGCAGGACCUCCUGACCUGUGGUCAGUGCCAGGCCACCUUUCCUCUGGCAGACAUAUUGCUCUUCAUUGAGCACAAGAGGAAACGAUGCCAUGGCCCUCCCUGCCUCACCAUAGGCAGGGGGCUGGACAAACCCCCUUCGCCCUCCCCAGGUUUGGCCCUCACCCCAUCACCCGCUCUGAACACCCUGCGUGGCCGGAGACCAGUUGAAGUUGGGGUUCAGGCCACACUAGCAGAUGAGGAUGACGACAGGUUCUCAUCGCCUCGAGGGAUUUGUCCAAAACAGGAGCCCCUUCCAGGUAAGGAGGAGCCAACUACGUAUACCUGCACAACGUGUAAGCAGUCAUAUGGCAGUGCCUGGUUCUUGCUUCAGCAUGCCCAGAACUCUCAUGGCUUUCGAAUUUAUCUGGAAAGCGAACAUGGCAGUCCUCUCACCCCACGCAUGGGUGGGCCAUCUUCUCUUGGUGGUGGUGCCGACUGUCCCUCUCAGCCUCCCCUUCAUGGACUCCAUUUGCCGCCUGAUGCAAGCCCUUUCAACCUCCUCCGCAUCCCUGGCUCAGGCUCAGGGGGAAGGGACAGCGUCGGAGCAGGAGGUGCCAUUGGCUCUGGGGUUCCUGGGGGCCAUCAUCAGCGUUUCCCCCCAACCCCACCUCUCUUCAGCCCCCCUCCACGAAAUCAUCUGGAUCCCCACCACCUGAGCCCAGAGGAGCUGGCGCUGGCAGCCCACCACCCGAGUGCCUUUGACAGGGUGCUGCGCCUUAAUCCUCCUCUGCCUCUGGAACCACCUCCGACAAUGGACUUCUCAAGGCGUCUACGGGAACUGGCAGGCAACACCUCAGGGUCUACUCCCCCGUUGUCACCCAGCCGGCCAAGCCCCAUGCAGCGCUUACUGCAGCCAUUCCAAACAGGAGGAAAUGGAGGUACAGGGGGCACAGGGGGUAGCAAACCUCCAUAUCUUGCUACUCCUCCACCACUACAAGGCUCCAUGCAGUCACCUGUGGGUUCACAAACCACUCCUCCAACUCCUCUCCCUUCAGCAGGACCACCCUCUUCCUCCAACACUCAGUUAAAAUCAAAGUGUUGUGAGUUUUGUGGCAAGGCCUUUAAAUUCCAGAGCAAUUUAAUAGUGCAUCGACGAAGCCACACAGGAGAAAAGCCGUACAAAUGUCACUUGUGUGAUCAUGCUUGCACACAGGCCAGCAAACUUAAACGACAUAUGAAGACCCAUAUGCACAAAUCAUCCUCGCCAAACACAGGCAAAUCAGAAGAUGGUCUAUCUAUUGCCUCAUCCCCCGAGCCUGGCACUAGUGAUCAUAUAGGCAGUGCAAGCAAUGCACUUAAAUCAGUGGUGGCCAAACUGAAAAGCGAAAAUGACCGCAUGAUACGAGAAAAUGGCGAGGAAGAAGAAGAAGAGGAGGAAGAAGAAGAAGAAGAGGAGGAGGAAGAGGAGGAGGAGGAGGAAGAGGAGGGGGAAGAAGAAGAAGUACAGAAUGGGGAGAGGCCACCCAAACGAAACAACAGCUAUCACUUUGGACUGAAUCUGGAAGCAUCACGACAACAUGAAAACAGCAGUGGUAUUGCAAGUCGACUGGCUGGGGUGGCUGAUGAGGCAUCUAUUCCUCGGUCACUGCCAGAGGUCAUGCAGGGAAUGGGUCUUGCUGCCAGCAUGCAGCAUUUCAGUGAAGCCCUCAAUGCACACAAACGAAACGCAAUGUUGCAAGAGAACCAUCUGCAUCAUCAUCUCAGCAGAGACCAUCACCACAAUCGGGACUUGUGCGAUGGAGACUCUGUCCUGGAAACAGAACGUGUAGAAGAAGGCACUGUUUCCACAGUAAAUGGACGAGGAGCUUCUCCUAAUGAAUCUUCUUCAAUUGGCCUCUCAAAAAAACUGCUUCUGGGUAGUCCCAGUCCACUUAGUCCUUUUUCAAAACGCAUUAAAUUGGAGAAAGAAUUUGACCUGCCUACCCCUACCAUCCCUAACACAGAAAACGUCUACUCCCAAUGGCUGGCUGGCUAUGCUGCCUCUCGACAACUCAAGGAUCCCUUUCUUAAUUUUGGGGAUUCCAGACAAUCGCCUUUUGCAUCAUCAUCUGAGCACUCGUCAGAGAAUGGCAGCCUGCGUUUUUCGACCCCACCUGGAGAACUUGAUGGAGGAAUGUCAGGCCGCAGUGGGACAGGCAGUGGGGGCAGCACACCCCACCUUGGGGGUCCUGGAAGACCCAGCUCCAAGGAUGGACGCAGAAGUGACACUUGUGAGUUCUGUGGCAAGGUUUUUAAGAACUGCAGUAACUUAACAGUACACAGGCGUAGCCACACAGGAGAGAGACCCUACAAAUGUGAGCUUUGCAAUUAUGCUUGUGCCCAGAGCUCCAAACUUACCCGCCACAUGAAGACCCAUGGUCAGGUGGGAAAAGAUGUAUACAAGUGUGAAAUUUGUCAAAUGCCCUUCAGUGUUUACAGCACCUUGGAGAAACACAUGAAAAAAUGGCACAGUGACCGUCCUUUGAGUACCGAAAUAAAGUCAGAGUAGAAGGCAGAAACAAUGAGACCUUUUUCCCCUCACAACUGGGUCGCCAACAGUCAAGUGUUUAUUCCUAGCCCCCUUGUAGAUUUGUCCUGAUACCAACACUCCCUCUUUCACCAAACUGGUGGAAGUCUAAGACCAUGUGCUCUGCACCAGCACACCUUGUUUUCAUUACCCAUCGAAUGCAUGAUCUGUAUCGGGGCAAUACUCUUGCAUUGACGCAAAACUUCGAGCCUUUCUCUUGUGCAAUAAUUUACAUGUUGUGUACUAUUUCCUUUAAUUGAGUUUUCUUUUGCUUUUCAUUUUAAAGAAUUAGUCAGCAUGCAUAGUAUGUUUUUUGCUAAUCAAAAAAGAAAAGAAAAAAGAAAAGAACUUGUCCCUGGUUGGUUAGUUGUUGAGUAAAUGUGUUGCUGUUUUUCUCUCAUUCAGUUAUUUUCUUUUUAUUCUUAAAAAAUAAAAAUAAAAAAGAAAUAUACAUCCAUGCUGCAUACAUUCUGUAACACAUAUCAUGUACAGCUUUGUUUUGUAACAUGGAAAUUGAACAGUCUUUUACUUGACCCCCUUUUUUACGACCCUGAAAAUGCACUUAUUCUAAUCUUUCUAAAAGAUAAAAUGUUCACACAGGGUUUAAAAGGAAUAAAAAAUAAUCAUAAACAUUUGGCUUGACUACUAAACUUAAAAUGAUGACAGGCCUCAAACUUCUUUCAAAAAGACAAAGUUUGCAACAAACUCAAUUUGUACUAUCAUUUGGAGUAAUAAGGAAGAGUGCCUUUGAUAUAUCAAAAGUGCAUUGGCCAUUAUCUUACCUGGUUUAAGUUUGGGGUCACACAAGACAAGGCUAAAUGAGUUAGACCACCCAGAAAAAGGUCCUUGAAUCAAGCACCUGACAGCUCAAACUGACAAUUCACAAUGAAAGUUCAAAAUCAUCAUUUAGCUAUUACAUGUUCAAUACUUUGUCUAUGUUUUGGGAAUUUAUGGCAAGCAUGGUACGAGCAGUAUUGUGAAUAUCUGAAUUAGUUGAGGUUUUGCUUUUGAGAGAAAGGUGAUAUGUGAUGAAAUGUACAAUCCAAAACUUGAGGGACGAGGCGCAGUGUCACAUGUCUGCGUUAGCACUAAUCUACAAAGCUGCUUCAGCAUGUCAGUGUGUGGAACAAUGCAAAAAGUAAUAUUUGAGCUUAAAUUGAAGCUCACUUAAGACUUGUAAAAAAAUAACAGCCUAAACAGAUAAAAAUCUAAAUAAAACUGGAAGCUAUGUGCCCAUUAUGGGAUCCAAGGCAAUGUAUUUUACUUGUGAAUUCUAGAUUCAGAACAGGGUCAUCAGCAAUGACUGGCAGAGAAAGAGAGAUUUCAGAAACAUAUAUUUUUUUGUUUUUAAGCUUUUUAUGUCUAUUAAUAUGCAUGUAGUGGCUCCCAAAAGUGUGCACAGCCUUGCUAAAAUGCCAACUCUUCGUGAUUGAGAAAUGAAAAACCAAAAAAAUGUAUUUAAUAUAUCCCACAUAAAAUGGGACAAUUCUGUACAACUCAAGUAGAAAAGAACCAUACAACAUAGGCUGUAGUAAUUUUAACAC